AGGGUACAUCGAAUGAUGUACUCACUAUUGCUGCUCUCUCUGCUCCCCUUGCUGCCACGCACAGCGGAUGGUUUUGGAGAACUGAAGCCAACUGUGAGGAACACGAACCUGUGUAGAACAGAUCUCUGCUCAACCCAAGCGACCCAUGUGGGCUGCAUCAAGACCAAGGAUUUUGCACCGAACUGUGGCAAGGGCAAUCAUAUCAUAUUUGUGAACGGCGGCCUGCGGCAGCGCAUGCUGCAAAGCAUCAAUAUCAUGCGCAACUACGUGGCUAGUGGCGCGGGCAACUUCUCGGUGGCUGGCCGUAUGCCCACCAUGGGCUGGGACCGUAAUCUGGAGCUGUUGGCCAGCCUGCUGGUGCGUCAGUGCGAUGAGAAGGCCAGGUUCUGCUCAAACACAGAGAAGUAUCAUUAUGUGGCCACCACCCAGCUAAGCGGCACGAUGGCGCAGAACGGCAAAGUCGCCAAUCUGGUGAUGAAUAAGCUUCUGCCAUCGCUAUACAUCGAUCUUCUGGGCUGCCGCAUGGAUAAAUACCACAAGCUGCAGCCCCUGUCCGAAGGAUCCUGCGUGGGCCACUAUGUUCCCCUCAUUCAGGACAAUGGGAAUCGCAUGGGCUGCGCCAUUCGCAUCAGGGCCGAUGCCAAUGCGACAAUUUCCCUCAACCUUCUCUGUCACUUCUCGCGGGCCAACGUGAACAAUAAUCCGCACUACGAGGUGGCCACCAUACCCGGGGAAAUGUGCAGCUCCGGCAAGAGCAAGAUCUAUAGAUUCCUAUGCGAUCGCAUCGAACAGGUCGACGCCAAUACCAUUGGCGACGAUGAAGUGACUGGCGGCCAAUUUAGCUGAGUUGUAACUGACACUGAAUGAGUGAAUAAACUCUGAACCUGCUACCAGAACAUGCUACGUA